GCCUAUGGGGGUGGCGGGGCAGCUCUAAGAGCGGGGGCCUGGCGAGUGCUCUGUGGAGCGACCCCGGCCUGGCCGUGGCCAUCAUGGCCCCUACGCUGUUCCAGAAGCUCUUCAGCAAGAGGAGCGGUCUGGGUGCGCCCGGUCGGGACGCGAGGGACCCGGAUUGCGCGUUCAGUUGGCCUUUGCCAGAGUUUGAUCCAAGCCAAAUUCGACUAAUUGUAUAUCAAGACUGUGAAAGACGAGGGAGAAAUGUCUUGUUUGACUCCAGUGUUAAGAGAAAAAAUGAGGACAUAUCAGUAUCGAAGCUUUGCAGUGAUGCUCAAGUUAAAGUCUUCGGGAAAUGUUGCCAACUGAAACCUGGAGGAGACAGUUCUUCCUCUUUAGAUAGUUCCAUGACUUCAUCUUCUGAUGUAAAAGACCAGUGUCCUAAGUACCAGGGUUCUCGAUGUUCUUCUGAUGCCAAUAUGCUUGGAGAGAUGAUGUUUGGCUCAGUAGCAAUGAGCUACAAAGGCUCCACCUUAAAGAUUCAUCAGAUCCGUUCCCCUCCACAGCUUAUGCUCAGCAAAGUUUUUACUGCACGGACUGGCAGCAGCAUCUGUGGAAGUCUCAAUACGCUGCAAGACAGUCUUGAAUUCAUCAAUCAGGACAACAGUACAUUAAAGGCUGAUAAUAACACAGUUAUUAAUGGACUACUUGGAAAUAUAGGUCUUUCACAGUUCUGCAGCCCCAGGCGGGCAUUCUCUGAACAGGGUCCGCUCCGCCUGAUCAGGAGCGCCUCUUUCUUUGCAGUUCACAGCAACCCAAUGGACAUGCCUGGAAGAGAGCUGAAUGAGGACAGAGACAGUGGCAUAGCACGCUCUGCAUCUCUCAGCAGCUUGCUUAUUACACCAUUUCCCUCUCCAAACUCCUCACUUACCCGAAGUUGUGCCAGCAGCUACCAGCGACGCUGGCGACGUAGCCAAACAACAAGUUUGGAGAAUGGGGUGUUUCCUAGAUGGUCUAUAGAAGAAAGCUUUAAUCUGUCAGAGGAGAGCUGUGGCCCUAACCCAGGGAUUGUGAGGAAAAAGAAGAUUGCAAUUGGGGUAAUCUUUUCAUUAUCCAAAGAUGAAGAUGAAAGUAACAAAUUUAAUGAAUUCUUUUUUUCACAUUUUCCUCUGUUUGAAAGCCACAUGAACAAAUUAAAGAGUGCAAUAGAACAGGCUAUGAAAAUGAGCCGGAGAUCAGCUGAUGCCAGUCAGAGGAGUUUGGCAUAUAAUCGAAUAGUUGAUGCCCUAAAUGAAUUCAGAACAACAAUUUGUAAUCUUUACACAAUGCCACGAAUUGGAGAGCCUGUCUGGCUUACAAUGAUGUCGGGGACUCCAGAAAAGAACCAGCUUUGCCAUCGUUUCAUGAAGGAGUUCACUUUUCUAAUGGAAAAUGCUUCCAAAAAUCAAUUCUUGCCAGCACUCAUUACUGCAGUUCUGACCAAUCAUCUUGCCUGGGUUCCAACAGUCAUGCCAAAUGGACAACCACCUAUAAAAAUAUUUUUAGAAAAACAUUCCUCUCAAAGUGUGGACAUGUUGGCAAAGACUCAUCCGUAUAACCCACUUUGGGCACAACUGGGAGACUUGUAUGGCGCUAUUGGCUCUCCUGUACGGUUAGCAAGGACUGUGGUAGUUGGUAAACGACAAGACAUGGUCCAGAGGCUGCUUUAUUUUCUUACUUACUUCAUAAGAUGCUCUGAACUUCAAGAAACCCAUCUUUUAGAAAAUGGAGACGAUGAAGCCAUUGUUAUGCCAGGCACAGUAAUUACUACCACUUUAGAGAAAGGUGAAAUCGAAGAAUCUGAGUAUGUGCUUAUCACAAUGCAUAGAAACAAAAACAGUUUGCUCUUUAAAGAGUCAGAAGAAACAAGGACUCCUAAUUGUAACUGUAAAUAUUGCAGUCGUCCACUCCUUGGGCAAAAUAUAGAGAAUGUUUUGCGACAAGAGAGAGAAGAUAUUCAAAACAGCUCUAAGGAGCUGCUAGGAAAUUCAAACGAGUGCCGAAUGAUUUCUCCUUCUUCUGACUGCCAAGAAGAAAAUGCUGUUGAUGUUAAACAGUGCAGAGAUAAAUUAAGAACUUGCCUUGACACCAAGUUAGAAACAGUUGUUUGCACAGGAUCUGCUCCAGUGGACAGAUGUGCAUUGUCAAAGUCAAGCUCAGAGCCUGCAGAGGAAUCAUGGCAGAGUGAGGAAUUGCUAGAUUCAGGUAAUCACACAGGUAAAGUGUUCAGAUCCACAGGAAUGGUUGUGGAAAAAAAACCUCCAGAUAAACUUGUGACAGCUGCAUUUUCUUGUGAGGCAACCCAGACAAAGGUUACUUUCUUGAUUGGGGAUUCUAUGUCACCCGACUCAGAUACUGAACUCCGGAGUCAGGCAGUAGUGGAUCAGAUUACCAGGCAUCACACCAAAUCACCGAAGGAGGAAAGAGGGGCUGUUGAUCAGCAUCAAGAAACUGCACAAACAACUAAAUCUGGAGAGCCUGAUAUACCGAACGUGGUAUCUGGAGAGCCCUGUGAACUUCCCUGCUGGAAUCAUUCAGACCCCGAAAGCAUGAGCUUAUUUGAUGAAUAUUUUAAUGAUGAUUCAAUUGAAACCAGGACUAUCGAUGAUAUUCCAGUUAAAACAAGUACAGACAGUAAAGAACACUGCUGUAUGUUAGAGUUUUCAAAAAGAUUUUAUACAAAAAAUAACAAACAGAACAAUGAAUUUUGCAAAUGUGUAGGAACAGUUCACCAAGAUUCAUGUAAAACCUACUUUCCUCAGCAAGACCAAAGAGAUACACUCUCCAUUCUUGUCCCCCAUGGGGAUAAAGAGAGUUCAGAGAAAAAAGUUGCUGUGGGAGCUGAAUGGGACAUUCCAAGAAAUGAAAGUUCAGAUAGUGCCCUUGGGGAUAGUGAAAGUGAAGAUACAGGUCAUGAUGUGACUAGACAAGUAAGCAGUUAUUAUGGAGGAGAGCAAGAAGAUUGGGCAGAAGAAGAUGAGAUACCUUUUCCUGGGUCAAAAUUAAUUGAAGUGAGUGCUGUUCAGCCCAAUAUUGCCAACUUUGGGAGGUCCUUGCUGGGUGGCUACUGCUCUUCUUAUGUGCCUGACUUUGUUCUUCAAGGAAUUGGGAAUGAUGAGAGGCUCCGUCAGUGUUUAGUGUCAGAUUUGUCUCAUGCUGUACAGCAUCCAGUAUUGGAUGAACCAAUAGCAGAAGCUGUCUGUAUUAUAGCAGAUAUGGAUAAAUGGACUGUUCAAGUGGCCAGUAGCCAGAGACGAAUGACAGAUAAUAAAUUGGGAAAGGAAGUGUUGGUUUCCAGUCUUGUUUCCAAUCUGCUUCAUUCCACUCUUCAGCUUUAUAAGCAUAACUUGUCUCCAAAUUUUUGUGUAAUGCAUCUUGAAGACCGGUUACAGGAGCUAUACUUCAAGAGCAAAAUGCUGUCUGAGUACCUGAGGGGGCAGAUGCGUGUUCACGUCAAGGAGCUGGGAGUGGUUUUAGGGAUUGAAUCCAGUGAUCUUCCUCUUCUGGCUGCUGUAGCAAGCACUCACUCUCCAUAUGUUGCUCAGAUACUACUUUAACAGAAAGACUGUUGGAAAUUAACUUUGGUGGAAAGUUACGUAGAAACCAAGGAAGCAGUCACAACAUGCAUUUAUGGCAAUUUUUUUUCUCUGUCAGACCUUCAUCUGAAUGAGUCAGUCACCUGGGUGGGUAUUCUGCAUUGCAGUGCAUAUUGUGUCAUCACUGGAUGGCUUUUUCAUUUUGAUUGGACUUCUGGAUGGUGGCAUGUUUUUAACCAAGUGAAACUAAAAACAGCAUUUGGGGGGAAAGCAUUUGAAGAAGCCAAAGUGUAACUUCGACAUUUCUACAAAAUGAAUAACAUUGAGGAAUUUCAUUAUGAUCACUACAGUCUUGCCACAACCCAUAAGUAGGAGGAAUGGAUAUCUCAUGAUUAAAUGGCUCAGAAAGAGUCAUUUCAUUAGUUUUAAUUCUUUAUUUCUAAGGUACAGAGAUCUAUGAAACUUUAUUUGUGUUUUUUUGUUUUUCAAUUCAAAAUAGCUAAUUUCUGGGUAUUUCUCAAAGUAUUUUAAACAGCUUGUUAAUUAGAAUAAACUCAGAAUAAAGCGUAUAAAUGUGUGUUAUGUUAAUCCACCCAAGUGUACAUAUGUAUCUAUUUUUUAAAAAAGCAGAGGUAGAAAUACAAGAUUGGUAAACAUGCCUUUUUAAAAAAUAUAUUUUCAACUAGGAUUAAUUGUAUAUAAUGUUGAAAUAUUACUUUCUGGUGAUUUUUCUGUUUCACACACCCUAAAAUAUAAGUAAAGCCAAUCCUUUUUUAAGGCUAAGGAAUAUAGAUUCCCAAAAUAAGAAUACUACUUUAUACCAUUUGUUUUGUUUAUAAGUAUAAGCUAAUUCUUAUAAUGUUAAUAUUUACGUAUUUGCAUUUAAUUUAAUAAAUUAAAAUUAGGAUUAAAAAUUGCACCAAAGCAUUGGCAGAAAUAAUACUAUUUUCUUUAAAAGUGCUCAGGUAGCCGAGGCCCUUGGUAUCAGCCCUUCUUUUUUUUUUUGCGGUACGCGGGCCUCUCACUGUCGUGGCCUCUCCCGUUGCGAAGCACAGGCUCAGCAGCCAUGGCUCACGGGCCUAGCCGCUCCGUGGCAUGUGGGAUCUUCUCGGACCGGGGCACGAACCCGUGUCCCCUGCAUUGGCAGGCGGACUCUCAACCACUGCGCCACCAGAGAAGCUCCCGGUAUCAGCCCUUCUUGAACCCAUAGGAACUGAAUAUUUGUUUCACUGCUUCAUAAUAUUCAAUUUACACUAAAAGAACUCAUUAACUCUUAAGAUAAUUUUUUUUCUCUAAUAGCUCCUCUCUUCCAAAAGCUAAUUUUUUCAAAGAUUUCAACUUUUCAGUUGUUAUUGUUUUUGUAUAUAUUGUAGAGUGUUGCUUGUGAGAAAGGCUAAUAUGGAACCAAACUCUUGUAAGUAAUGUAAAUAGAAAGAUGGGUAGAUAAAGUUUUCAUUAUGCUCUACUACCUCAGUUUACUUGAAAUACUACAUUAUAGUUUCUCUUUUACUUAUCUUGUCUAAGAUGCUUUUAAUUCUAGAAGUGAAGCUGGUUUCUGCUUUCAUGAACUGUUUUCAUCAUAAUUAGUUGAUUAGCUUAAAACAGAAAACCACUUGCUCAUUCUGUUUCUAGGUACAUUUUGUCUAUAAUGCAUCUGUUCUUGCUAUUUAAGUUUUCAAUAAUUAAGGAAGAUUUCUGUGGUUUAUUUAGUCUUUGAUCUUGAAUUUAUAGCAUUGGGUCACAUUUUGUCUUACUCUAAUCUCCAGCUAGACUAAGAAGAAAUGGUUAUUUUAAUGGAAUGUAAACCUGAAAUUGGUGUGCUUGCAAUCGCUUUGGCCCCUGUGUCCUAUCAGCUGGUCCCAGUUAGUACCAGAGUCUUCCAUGGAUGACUUGCUGUCAAAGAGUGUUUAUGGAUAUAUUUUCGUUAGCUUAAUUUUUUUAGUCUAUUCAUUAAUGAAGUUCUUCUCUCAUCUGUUGUUUGGAAUUUUAUGAAUCAGUCUCUUUAGCAGAAUUCAGAAUAUAGAAAAGGUCAUAUGUGGCCACUGUACAUUUUUUUUUUAAAUUGUAGUUCAGGAUAUGUAGCAGGUAGACAGUGUCUUUUUUAUGUGUGUCAUUGUUUAAAUUAAUCAUUGAACUAUUCACAGUCCUAUCUAUUUGAAAUCUCUAAUAAAUUACCAUUUAGGAAAUCUAGUCUUCAAUAAAUGGAUGGCUCAUGCUACUGUAAUUCUUAAAACUAAGCUUUGCUUGAAAGGAAAAGGCCUAUAGUUUCUUAUAGAAUCAUCAAUCCUUAUAGGAUUCCUGAGUUUUAUAAUUUGCAAUCCUUCUGUAAUUUCUUCUCCUUCGUCAUAGUCAUUCUUGCAUUACACAAAGCCCAAGGAAUGAGCUGCUACUUCUUUAAAGUGUGAUCAUUAUGAUGAAUGUGAAAAGAAUUUUUGGCCUGUUUAGAAUAAUUUUUUUCAACUUCUUAUGGUACAGAUAGAUAUAUGUUACACAUUUAAAAAACCUGUUUGUUGCAACAGGAGGUGAAAAAGGGAUCUUUUACAUUAUAGAUUUAAAACUAAUUUUUCCUGUAUAUAAACUAAUUGGUUUGAUUUUAAAUAUUCCUGGCUUUUAUUAAUAUGUCUUAAUUUUGAGUUUGAAAAUGUUAAGUGCAAUAAACAUACUAGCACAGAUUUCAUUUUGUUGCAAUUGGCAUACACUGGGGAUGAUCACUUUAAAAAAAAAACAGAUUUUACAUAAUGCCUACUUCUGGUAGAUGUCUUAUGAGAUUGUUAUGCUUUAAGUUAUUUAGAUGGUGGGAGAUGUAAAAUGUAAAUACUUGUUCCUUGUUCUGUAUACAUUUCUCAAAUGUACGCCUGUAUUUUAGUAACCUCCCAGUUCUAGGGGAUAUUUGUGCAAUAAAUACACAUGUCAA